CCAAGAUGCUCGUCCAAAUCGUCUCUCUCCUUGCCGCGGCGUCCAUCGCCAGCGCCCAGUCAAGCGUCACGCCCGCCCCAGCAGUAGCCAGCAACCCUGCCGGCGCGAGCUAUGUAGGCGUGCUCCCCGAGAAAGCCGGCAGCAACCUUCGUGGCUCCAUCUCAGCAGUAUCAGCCGCCGACGGCAAAGGCGUCAAGUUCUCCGUCUCCUUCUCUGGCCUCCCUGCCGAGGGCGGACCCUUCAUGUACCACAUCCACGAGAAGCCCGUGCCUGCCAACGGCAACUGCACGGGUACGGGUGCCCACUUGGAUCCGUACAAGCGCGGCGAGGUGCCCAUUUGCGAUGCGAGUAAGCCUGAGACGUGCCAGACGGGUGAUUUGAGCGGCAAGUAUGGAAAUAUCACUGCUGGAGAGUGGAGUCAAGAAUACGUAGACCCCUACUCAGCCACCCGCGCCGACGACCCCGCCUUCUUCGGCAACCUUUCCUUCGUCGUCCACCUGUCUAACAAGACACGCAUCGGGUGCGCAAACUUCACUGUAGGCGACGGAUACAAGCCCGCCCCUUCGUCUAGCGGUGCCCCCAAGCCAUCCCACAACGCAUCUACGCCCGCUCCUACGGGUAGCGCCCCGGUUCCAUCUGCGUCGUCUUCGACACCUGCUGAGUUCCCUGGCGCUGCUGCCAAGGUCGUUGCUGGCCCGGCUGCGUUGUUCGCUCUCGUGGCGGCUCUUGUGCUCUAGAAGAUAGAACUGGAUUGGUAAUGUGGUGUGGAGGUCCUUGAAUGAGUAGUGAGGACGAGGUGCAUAUUGGCGUUGUGUGUGUAAUGGCUAUUUGAUACCACAUGAGCAUUACUUUUGGCUCCAUGUUUGCCUUGCAC